UGUUUUAACAGUGUGGAGAGGGAGGGCUAUAGGGGAGGAACAACUCAGCUGGUGGGACACUCGUUGGGUUUAGGCCUGUAUGUAGUGGGUUCUCAAUCUGUGUGCUGUGUUGAGUUGCAGUGCCUCUUAAAGGGUGUAAAGUAUGCCUUAAUGGUCUGUGUGCAGGAGUCGCAAAAUUAAUUGGACCUGUUGUCCUGGGGUGACUGGUUGCCCCGUACUUUCCUGAGCUCUCCUCACUUUUUAGGAAAUGUUUCCCUUUUGUGAUGAAUUAAUAAAGAUUAUUUUUUGUAUAUUACUUACCCGCAACUGUGGUUAUUUGAAGGGCUGACAUAGCAGUACUUUCUGCUAAAUUAGGAAAACCCGUAUUUAUUACAAUAUUGUAAAACCUCCAGAGCUCUGCUGCUGUUGUUACCCACAUCCUCACCAAAACACUUCCUCUUCAGUUCUCAGAAAAUAACACUGAGCUGCGAUUAGCAACCAAAUAUUCUCAAACCAAUAGAUAUCAUCAUCAUUUUCCCCAGUACGACCACAUUGCACCAGUGGCUUCAGAUGUCAGAUUCUGGUGGGCGAGGAGUUUGACUCAUUUUUAUGUUACAGCUGACACCAUAAAGAUUCCCUCUGUGAGAGAUGUUUACAUUUUGACCUGAAGCUUCUCUUAUUGAGCUCUGACUAAAAAACGAGGUGUGGUCAUCAGACAGAGCAACACAUCUCCUUCACAUCAUCUGUAGGGCGGAGAACUCCCCCAAAAGCACAUCAGUGGCUCAUGUCCUUUAUCUCCACACUGACCUGUGGCUCUUUGGCUGUUUAGAUAUUUAAAUGAAACUCAGAGAUGAAAAGCUUAUCUGUCUACAUCAAUUCAACAACUUGAACAAAGAUUAAAAAAAAAGAUUAAAGUCACGGAAAGGAAAUAACACUUACUGAUAACGAGAAGUUACAGGAAGUAAACUCUGUACCAGGGGCGGACUGGCCAUCUGGAGGUUCUGGAGAAUCACAGGAUGGCCGGUGGCCGCCACGCAGUCAUCACCGUUUUUGUUUUGUUUUGUUUGGUUGGGUUUUUUUUGUUUUUGUUUUGUUUUUUCCCUUUUUCUCCCUAAUAAUCUACUGUUCCACGUCUAGUCCGCUAGGUGGCAGCCUUUAAAUUGGAUGCCAGCCGGCCCAAAGAUAUCUAUGAGCCGGCGGGCCGCCAAUCAAAUUGAAGAAGGAAGCGCAUACCGUAUGCGCACCAGUUGUUGUGGGCUGGGCCGAGUCAAAGUCCAGGGCUGUUUUUUAGUCCCAGUCCGCCCCUGUCUGUAUCUCUCUUGAAGAAGCAUAAGAUCAGAAUUGUUGACAGUUGAGGAUGUGAGGACGAGAGAUAAAGACACAGAGGCACUAUGGGUGAAUUCAGAUGGAUUAACAAGACUUUAUUUUUGAUCCUCGUGCUGCAGUUUACAGCAGAAACUGGACAAACCCGCCUCUCCUUCACUGUCAGAGCUGGAGAUGACGUCACUUUGCCUUGUGGAAAUGUGAUAAACAGUCACGAUAAAUGCAGAGGUACUUCUUGGCUUUCCAGUGGUUCUUUGGGGAAAACAGCAGAAGAGCUGAUCAGUCAUGGGCAGAUUAGUAACAGUGUGAUUGGAAAAGCUAAAUCCAGCAGACUGAGUGUUACAGCAGACUGUUCUCUGGUUAUAAAGAAGGUCACACAUGACGAUGUUGGACGUUACAGCUGCAGACAGUUCAGAUCAGGACGACAAGUUUCAGACUCUCAGGUUGAUCUGUCUGUUAUCAACAUGACUGAACAUGAGUUUGACAAUAUGGUCAUCUUGGACUGCUCUGUGUGGACAUAUGAAGGGUGUGAACACACAGUGGAGUGGUUGUAUGAGGGUGAUAAGCGUGACGUUGGGAUAACAUUUCGUACCUGUGAAGUCUCUGUGUUAUUUACUCCUCAUCUUUAUCCGAAGUCAGAGUAUUAUGAGUUACUGAAGUGCAACGUGACAGAUAAAAAGAAUGGAGAAACACUGCUGUGUGAUGUUGGCCCUCAGUCCUCAUAUGAGAAAACAAGUUGGUGGAGGUACAUUAUUGUGUCUGUGGUUUUAGCAACACUCAUAAUUAGUGUUGUCACAGUCAACAUAUGGAAGAGAACUAAAGGGAGCCACACAAAGAUGGAGGGCGAUGCUGUGCAUCAUGAUGAAGAUGAAGGUCCAGUCACCUAUGAAAACAUCGGAGAACCUUCUGCUUCCAUCAGACUCCACUGAUCAACUUCAACAUCAGCUCACAACAAAAGAAGAAAAAACAAUGUGUAACAUAAAUUUCAGUCAUUUCUUAGAUGUUAAAAAACUUAAGGCUAAAUUGUUUUCCAGUUAAACUACUUAGACUUGAUUUUAAGAUUUUACUUGUUUCUUGUUAAGGUGAAGUUUUGCUUGAGUAUUUUAAUCUCUUUGUGUGCAGAACAAAUUAAUUCAUUUUCAUUUAUAGCACUGUUGUGAACAGGUUAGUUGGGAGUCCAAUAUGUUUUGUUCACUUGUUGUGUUGGUAUGAAUGAGCUUUCAGCCUGCAGUGAAUCUUUUUAUUUUAACUGAGAAUUAUAUAAUCUGCAAAUUAAAAAGUCCCUCAU